AUGAACCGAUUAACCGGGAGGACCGGAGGGGACAGUCUGAUUGAGAUGAGCCCAACAGAGUCAUUCAAUGGUGAGUAACUUAGAGCUGGAGCUGCCCUCCAACUAAUAACCGAGUCGUAGCUUUCCGUUUUAUAUUUAGCUGUGAACGUGUAGUCUUCUCCCUUGGUGUUUACAGAAAGUUAUAACUCCAUUGGGAAAAUUUUACCUCGGUAAAUAUUUAUAUUUAGGCCAUGGCGUUCAGGAAACGUAAACAAAGCUCAUGUGUACUGUUUAUGAAUUAUUUACAGAGUGAACCAAAGUUUUGACGUCCUUGAUUUUUCGACUGUACCUUACAUGAGCUGAAACUUCAAACAUUUGCACACUGAUAUUCUAACCACAGUCUUUUCUAAAUUUCUAAAAAGAUAUAAAUUAGACUUGAAAUCAGAUUUAUAUUGCAGUUGGUGAACCUUUCUGGGACCACAGGGGAAUGAAUGCCAGUAUCAACAACAGAGUACCACUUUUACAUAUACACACAGGGCAUUUUAAUAGGUAAAAUAAACAUUUCCUUAACUGUAACAAAGCAGCCGCCCGUUAAAUUACCCAUCUAACACCAUAACCAGCUCAAAGUCUGUCUUUUUUUCCAUUAAAUCAGUGGUGCCUGGGAGCCAGUCAGCCUCUGACAGCUGGCCCGCUUACUGGAAAUACUCUGUCACCGCAGACAGCCACUCUGUCCACAGGCACAAACCCCAACUCCCUCUCUGCCUCUCACAAAACAUGAAUUUAAACAAACCCCUGGACACUUUUAGCCAUAUAAGGUGAUGCUGAAUGGAGACUGGAGCACACUCAAUGCUCUCCAGUAACAUGAAAACUGUUGUGUUACAUCUACAAAAUAGAGAUAACUAUAUUACAAUGAUCUAGCUCAGACUAGGUUUGAGUGAUCACUGCAGAAUCAUGACCUAUAGUUACUGUUACCUCGGUGUUUUGUCUUUGUGGCCCGUCUUGAUAACAGUGUUUUGCAUUUAUCUCCUUCACAGCCCCAUCUCUAUGCAAAUUGUAACCAGAUCAGAAAUUCUUUGUUGUGUUACAUAAUAAUCACAAAGGACAUAUAUCACAAAGGAUACUCAAAAAUUGAAGAAAAUAAAAUAUAUUCAGGAGGUCGUACUGUUUCUGCUACACACCUCCAGAUGACUACUGUCCCUGACAACGCCAACGGUUUGAAAAGAUUAAAACACUUAAUCAGAUUUAAAGUACUGAACAUACUGUACAUAGAUUAGGGCUGUGUUGGUUUAUUGUUUGUUAGAUGAGUGUUAAUAUGAUACUAAAUAUUGACUAAAUUAUGUAAAUUUGUCUUGAUGUGUGAGUCAACAGACAAACAUGUACAUUGGAAACUUAAGGCUGUAAACAGGACGACAGCUUCCUGUCAGAGGAAAUUAAUCAAGCCCGCCUACCGUCUUUAUCUGCUAAACGUAUCAGUAAGAAGUAAGGGUGUUGAGUUAAUGCCAACAGCUGUGUUGAGUUGCAGUGAUGAUAACGCACAAGUAUGGUUACAAAAUCAACACAACCAUGCAGAAACUGAAUAGAAGUAAUAUUCUGGAGAUUGCGUCUGAUAUAUUUGUGAAAACAGCAGAAUGAGCCGUCUCUGUGUUCAAAUUUACCAUAUUUCCUAAAAUUAUUAGUGUAUCUGAGGUCCCAGUGUUGUAAGGAACACUCUCUUGGGUUACUCAGCAUGAAAAAAAAGGGGCAGAAGCAGCCGUGUGGCCUUACGACUGUGAUCAGCUGCUCGCUCAUGGACAAAGCUCUAACUGUGGAGGCUUGUUAGCUCGCUGGCUGAGAGUGACGCAAUACGGUGUCCAACUGUGCAGAAAUAUGCUCAGCUGUUUGCGAGGCAUUCUGAUUCCUUAAAUUUAAUCUGUAUUUUAGCACGAGCAAUAAAAGGUUCAGUCAGUGUCUUGACCGUUUUUCAGUUAUAUGAAUAAACAAAACAAAAAAAUCACACCCUGCCAUUUAGAGUAUAUACAAUAAGUAUGAUGAAGCAAAAAUAUGCUGUGUAUGCAAAAGUAAAAGCAAGUAUGACUUCCUUUUAGUCAUGAAGGUCACUGUGAGACAUUAUUAAGGAUUGUCAUUUGUGUAAAGGGGGGAAAAAAAAGAGUUUGACAAAAGAAAAAGUAAAGGUCUCCAGCGUGACAGAGAAGAACGGCGACAUAAUACAAGGUUUGAAUGCCUGUUUAGGCCUGUGUAAGCACAUUUUCUAUGCCGGGUCAAACUAAAUAUAGCCUCAGACAGACCAUCAAUUAGGACCGCUACAUUUCUAUUUCAAAACCCAGAGGCUGAAACACUCCUCUGCUUCAUGUUUAUUUUCCCUGAAGGUGGUGGUGCCACCAGUCCUGGCUGUCUUGCUUUUCCAACAGCCCUGACAUUUGAUUAUGUAAAUCUUACUCAGGAUGCAAACUGGAAGGAUUAAUUGUGUUCAACAAGCAAUGAGGGGCAGGUCAGAGGAGGAGUUUGUCAUUGUUCUAGUCAUGUUUUAUCACUGAGUCGACUUUCACUUUCAGCCACACAGAGCGGAGUUUCCAGAGCUCUUAUUUCCUGCUCUGGUUAAAUCAAGCAGAGAAACAUGACCACGUGUAUUCUAUCACACUUGUUAAGUCAUGCUAUCUGGCUUGUGUCAGUGUUGCACAAAUAUAGACCACAACAUUGGCUGUGUGUCAGUCAAGAGCUGUAAACCCUCUCAGGAAGCGGUUCAUGUGCCUGAAACCUAACUUUGCUGUCACUGACAUGUAUGUCUGGGAUUCCCUGUGUUACUGUUUUCUUUCCAAACAGCACUGGUAGUUCAAUUGUUCACUUUUUGCUCUUCCUGUUUCUGUUUUGUAGAUGACAUAAAUGGCUACCCCCAACAUGGCUCAUCCAGCGCAGGACAAUCACCGGUAAACAACAAACCCACCUCACGCUUACUGCACCAUCACAGAGACAUUUCUGCAAAGUGUUUCCUGAGAGAAAUGAUUAUUUUCACACAAAUCUCAAGAAGUGAUUCUUAAAAUUUUAUGUUAACAGGUGUUUGCUUGUGGCUCCAACAGUUCCUUAGAUCUGCUCUGAAGAUACAACAAAAUAUGUCCCCACAUUAUUAAGCCUUCCAAGAGAUGUUUCUUUUCGACAGUAUCAAAUCUUGAUCUCCAGCUUAGCUCCUGUAAACUUGGUAGCUGAGAGUUCAUUGUGUACAAGUCAAACUCUUGAUUUAGAGUUCCUUCCUUCCCUCUAGUUUUCCUAUUCAGUCAAUAGUUGUUUGUUCAGAUAAGGGGGGAGAAUUGAGCCACUUUGGAUUAAUAUCAGUUUAUCAGUGCAAUAACAAUAGCUAACAGCAUGCCAGUUUCCAUAGAGAAUCUGAAAUAACUCUUAUGCACCUGUCUAUUCUCUCCCUUUCACACUCUAAUUAGUCUCCUUUUGCGCCUGAUGUCAGUGUAGAGACCUGUGAGUCUCUAAACACUAGUCUGGCCUCCCUGGCCCCCUCAGACCACAGCGACAGUCCACAGCUUGAGGCUCAGACCUUAGAGCAUAUCAAUUCUUUGACAGGGGUAAGACACCUUUUGAGGUUAGAUGCAUGCUGGUGUGUUGGUGACGGGGUAAGGAAUCCUUUGAGGAUAUUUGCAUGCUGGUGUGUUGGUGUCUGCUUGUUUGUGUCAUAGUUUACUGUCCUGUAACUGAGGAAGACCUGACCAUAGCCACGCCUGACAUUUUACAGGAUCAGAAUGAAUGAACAUCUUCUGUAACAGUGUGUUAAACGGGACGGGGGUUUGCAGUGUCUGAUGUUAUGAUCAGUAAAGAUAUCCUCUGUGUGACUCCGGCUAAAGUUGUAGCUGUAUGUUGUUGAAUUUGUUGUUCUCUUAGGCUGUCCCUUACUGUCAACUCGGUUCAUCCACAGCUGUCUCGAAAGCGGGCGCUUUUCCUGAAGUUUCGUUCCAGGGUAUGGCAUGGUAAAACAGGCUGUGAUGUGAUGCAAUUGUCUGCAUAUGUCCGUCUAUCUGCCUGCCGUUUUCUGAAGAAGUCUGUUCAGCACAAGCUUUCCCGGCUGUCUGUAAAUGUGCAAAGAAAAGCUCUGACAUUGGAGAUGAAAUCAAUACACAUUGCUCAGUAGAUUGCUGAUGCCGACUUCAAGAGAGCAUGUCUUCUGAUGUUUUCUACAGAGAGAAAUCAAAACAUAAAGGCAUGAGCUGUGUGUUGGCGCAUCAUAAGAGUUCAUUAAAAAUGGAAGAGGUCCCUAACUUGCUUUGUUCUCACCUGUGAUAUUUGUCUGCUUCACUGGAGAGAAAUCAACAGCCUGCUGGAGUCGCAGCAUAAUUAUAAGUUCACACUUGCACAAACAAACGUAUAGUCCUGCACACAGACUUUAUAUUAUAUAUUUUAUGUUUAGUUUUGUUUGUGCAUUUAUGUGCAUCUGUCUUUUUAAGAAUUGUGAGCCAAUUCUGUAAUAACGGCCUUGCCAUGUGCUCAUGAAAGACUGAUCAUUGCUGCUGUUAGACAUAUAAUACACUUUGACUUUUUUUUUUUUUUGAAACAUUUGAGAAUAUGGUCUUUCUUGAACAGUUUGUUGUGAGAUAGGAACUCUAAACAGCAGCUAAUCCUCAGAACAAAACUAAAGCCUGCAGCUUACAGCAGGGGGUUUUAAAGGUGUGGCAGCUGCACGUCUAUAAAUUGCCUCUGUUAAGUCAGGAAAGAAACAUAAGCUAGGUGUACAGCACCUCUGCUACAGGAAGCUGAAUAUACCGAUAUCUUUCUUACAGGGUUAUCAGUGGGAAAUUUUAAAGGGGCCUUUUGAACCACAAACAUCUUCUGAAUCUGUUAGAAUUAUUAGAAUAAUUGGUAUAAAUGUUUCGCUCUUCAGAGCUUUUUGGAUCGUAAUGAUUUACUGCAAUUAGGGCUGGGCCAUAUGGGAAAAAGUUUAUCACAAUAUAUUUUUUUCAUAUCAGGCGAUAUCAAUAUAUAUCACGAUAUGAAAAAUGAAAAUGAACAGUGCUCAUUGGUAGCAUGUCUUUUGCAAUACAAUAAGCUACUGCAUCUGUGAGGUCUUUGUGUCUCUUUGACGCCCCUUGCUCCGCUCUGGGUUUGUAACCUUUUGCAGUGCGUGUGCUCUGCCCUGUGGCACUGCUUCAGGUGGGGAAAAAGAUUUGAGGUAUUCCCCGACUUUGCGAGAACAUGUAUUCGACAUAAUUUGCAGUUCACAUAACUCUGCUUCAUGCCGGAUCUCACAUACCUCCACACCACCAACGUUUUGUGCCGUUUUUGUGAGUGUUGUCGACAAUGUCAUCACCUGUUGAGCAUUCAUCUGCAUUUCUGCAGGGGGUAGCACUCUUUUUCUUUUUUCCUCACUGACAGUGCUGUCGUUUUCACAUGUUAAAGUUCUGUGGUUGCAUGUAGCUGCAGCCUGCUACUACACAGUUGUUUGCUACUUGGUUCUAAUUCAGCACAUGAUUGGUUCAGCGCGAAGCUAAAUCCCCUUUUUUUGGGGCUGUUCGUAUAAUCUAACAAAACAUGGCAGAAUGUCGACUGUUGAAAAGCAUAUUGACCAUGUUUUAUAUUGAUAUUAAGGGAAAUUAAUUUCUCGAUGUAUAUCUUUACCGUUUUAUCGCCCAGCCUUAACUGUACUGGAACAAAGCUACAGUAUAGUUCUGAGAUUGAAUAAAACAACAACUGUUCAAUCAAACUUUAAGACAAAACAUCUGCAUUUUCUUCCAAUGAAGAAAAAACUCCUUAGAUUGAUGUUUUUAGAAAUAUCAAUCAAACAAAUAGAGAAGAAUGAAAUCAUGCCACUAGGUCCAGCAGCACUCGGUUUGUUAGAAACCUAACUGGAUGCUGGCAGACAGCAGGAAAAAUAUGGUGUUGUCAAGAGAGUCAUAGGAGUAAGGGAGGAGUGUGCAUCAUGAUACAGAAGCUGUGAUAUAUUUAUAUCAUGACCGGUUCUAUUUCAGACACUUCUAGACCCCAAAAAGAAAAGUUUAGAGGUACUACUUUAAAGAAGCCUCUCCCAUGAAACUGGUAGCCUAUUUACCUUACACCAUGUUUUACAUUGACCAUCUUUAAUCAAACUUUUUUAAAAAAAGCUUCAGAUGUCUGAACACCCAGUACUUAGGGGUUAGUUGGUAAAUGUAUGGGACAUUGUGGUCUCUUACCAGCAGAGGCAAAUGCACUGAUUCCAUACUGCUGAUCUAUAAUUAUGGAAAAUUAGAGACUCGGCAACAACAUCCCAGCAAAAGAGAGCACCCACCCUGCCAUAGUCAACAUGGCCCAAGUAGACUGAAAGACUGUGCAGACCAGUGGUUAGGAACAUAAGCAGGACUCAAGUAUAAAACAUUGACAACAAUAAAUCAGUUUAAAAAGUUUAACACAAAUACUUCUAAAAGUUAGUCAAGCAGUUUGUGGAUCAAACUGUAACACUAAAAAGUAGUGACAGUGAAUGACUGUCUCUGAAGGACAUUUUCACUCAUUUUCCUUGCCUCCCUUUUGAACACUGUUGUGGUUCGGUCGACUGAAUGUUGAUUUGAUCAGUUCAGAAUAGGUGUGUGGAGAUUAUGCACCAGUUGUCAGUCUCCAUUUUCUGGAGUUUGACCUUUUCUGAGCAGAUUUCAUCACGCACUGAGCUUUCUUUCAAAGUGAGAUUGAAUUAAAAUAUUGGAUGCUGUGUUUCAGGGACUGUUGUUGUUACUUUGUAGUCGGUCAGUGCUGUACAGCGCAGUGAUAUCAGCUGAUCAUUUCCGUUGCUGCACCCUGAUUACAUUAGCGAGCCAGCAUUAGCUAUGCCAUCCCCUGUGCUGAUGUCAUCUCCAGGAGCCCUCUCUACUUCUCUUCUAGUAUCCCUCCUCCCCUCUCUAUCUUCCACUCUCCCUUUUCUGAAUGUCUGAGCGAGCGGGGGCUUGUCCUGAGAGCCGAGUGGAGUGGAUGGAGUUCCUUCAGCAGGGGUAUAAGAGGAGAGAGAGAGAGAGAGGGAGAGAAGGAGUGCUUUCAGAGCCGGACACUGCUCCCUUGAGAAAGGCAGUUUUACUCUUUGAGGCUGCCAGAGCCUCUGCUGAUGCAUCACUAGCAUAAAGGGAGUGGGCCAUGAUGGAGGUAAAGUGCUACAUCCUUUCCUGCCUGAACACACAGUAUCGUAAUAGUGGACAGAGAGUUCUUCGGGACAACAGUCCAGUAGCAAUGUAGUGAGGUUGAGCACCAUGUCGUUGUGUUUGUGAUGCUAAAUGUCUGAGUUCUCUGAAUUGUCUGCAGUUGUCUAGUUAGCUACUAUUGAGCUCGGAUGUGUUGACAAGGGUUCAUGGGACAUGGUUAUUUUUAGCGGUCUGAGCAGCUGAAGCAGCAACACAAAGUAGACAUGGCCUCUUUUCUCCUCAUGAAAUAUUUCUGUGUAGUUCAUCCCUCUGUAGCCACGUUACUGCUGAAGAGACAGAGACUAGGAGGCUCAUUUUUGCUGAUACAAGUAUGUCUAGAAUAUCUUAGGCUGCCAGUAUAGCUGUUUAUAGACACUAUGGAUUGAGGACUUACAGAGAAGCGCUAGCAAAUGAAGUUCAACAAUGGUGUUGUGUUAUUCCAGAUAAGAUUUGUGUUCAUGUUUCUGACUCAACAGUUCUCUCCAUACUUCCUUCAGAGCUCUGACAGGAUUAUGAGCAUCUUUCUGGAUUUCAGUCUGUGAUAUAACAAGGAUUUCUUUCAAAGUCUAGAUUCCUUUCUUAAAGGAGACAUGAGCACAAUCAGACUCUUAAGUCACAGUGGAUACCUGACCCAGAUUGUUGCCUGUGUUUGGAGUUCAACUAUGAACAUUAGGACCACUUCUUAUUGAUAACCAGCAUUUUGUCGCUUCAGAUAAACAGUUUGAUGUGGAAGUAAAGGCCUGGCUGUUUUGGUUUGCUGUUAGCCACUGACACAGCUUGACUGUCUGCUGGCCUGCUGUGGUGGAUGCUUUCAAAGACUUGUCAAACUAACACUGAACAUGUGUUUGUGUUUGUUAAAAGCUGUGACCUCUGUUCUGUCUUGUUAUAGAUUGACAAACAACAACACAGUAAAGACUCUGUGUUCUUCCGGGAUGGACUGCGCAGGAUUGAUUUCGUCCUGUCCUAUGUUGAUGAUAAAGAAGGCGACAGAAAACAGGUAUGACUAAGUCCUAAAAGUGCUGUUUACACCAGUUUCACUUCCAUGUUUAAAAAAUAGCAAACAAUACUUUGGUUUUAACAGAGGUUUGGUUUGAGUUCCACUAAGCAGCAUGACGGAUAAAUCAUUUACUUUUGACAAAAGCGAAUCAUUUUGUUAUCAUAAACAUAAAAGAAAAAAGUUAUUUUUUCUACUUGGUUGAAUCAGUGGGAGCUGGUCCCUCACGGAAAUCCUCAGAGUUCCCAGUGUGUGUGUCAGCAGUGUACCCUGAAUACCUCAACACUGAUAAAGUCAUAGAAAGUGUUUUCCUUGGCUUUUAUCAGUAAUCCUCUUAGGAAUGUUUGUAAGAAGGUCACAUCUAGAGACAAACUUACAAUCCUCUUUUCUAAAGUAAACCACAUACAGUAAACCGCAGCGUUUUCACACUGGUUUCGGCCCCAUGUCUUUUCCCAGCCAGUUUCUCUACCAGCUGUGUAAAGCUGAAAGACUGGGUGUUUGAUAAAAGGCCGUUAUACUUCACAUCCAUGUGUCACCAGCCUUCUGGUAUGAGGCAUUUAGUCUGAGCAGACUCACAUUUCACUAACAGCCUCAUCAGUGAGUCAACCUCAGAUCGCCCCCCUCCCCCCACCCUGGUCAGGCUCAGUUUUUCCACUGUAUAAGGAAGUGCAAACAGAGGGCCAGCUCCUGUGGGUCGUCCACACGUGUUGUAAAGUUGGACAGUAAAUUGCAGCUCUAACAAGAGGUUAAAACUGUUGGUUGGCAUGGAGGAUUUCCUCCUCUGACCUUGUCUCUAAACACGUUAAACUAUAAUCCAAGUACUGUAGGGGAGGGUCAUGUCAAAUUACUGCGCUGUCUACCACUAAGAAAUCGCACUAUUAGUUUCACUCAGUGACUGUUUCUGCUGAAGGUUCUGAGCUUACACCUCCUCUGCAUAAAGGAACAUAAAAGUACGAUCUUAGAUAUGCUGCGCAGUUAUGACCACGUUUCUUGCUAGUUAAAUCAAGUUUAAGCUGACAUUUUUGUGUUUACUUUUUUAUUUUGUGUUGUGUUUACUUAUUUUAUAUUUACAGCAUUGAAGUGUCUCAUGUCUUUAUACAUAAUGUUUUGCCAGUGUUUUAGAGCUUGUGUAUAGCGACUCAGACAUUUUUCUGCUUAUAUUUAUUAAAUUACUGAGUAAAUAAAAACUGUUAUAUCAAUUAUUCAGUUUUAAAAACAAUGUAUAUAUUUUUUUUGUUUCCGUCUAAAGGAAAGGAGGAAGGUAUACGAGUCUAAUCUUCAGAAAGUUGGCCUGGAGCUGGAGACAGAGGAUAAAACGGUAAGAGCAUCAAGCUGUUGCUUGCUUAUGAGGAAGUUAGUCAUCAGAAAAAGGCCUAAAGUAUACUGCUAAAUGUUAACAUAUCAUGUCAUCCUGUAUAUCUGUGUUGUAUUAUUGUUUUUAAGCUCAUUUUAUAAUUCUUCUUUACAAACACAAAUAAUUCUGACAUCAGUGAAGUAAUAUCUACCAAGAACUUAGCCUGUAAAAACAGUUCUAAUGAAUCUGUCUCUCCCUGAAGUAUCACUUUAUCAGUUGUCUCACUGUCUGUAGGAGUCAGAAGAUGGAAAGACCUACUUUGUGAAGAUCCAUGCUCCAUGGGAGGUGUUAGCCACCUACGCUGAUGUACUGAAGAUAAAGGUCCCAUUCAAGGCCAACGACAUCCCAGACAACAGCGAGAUGCCCAUGAACUGGCUAUCUACCCCUUUUCGUCUGCCGGAGCACAUCAUGCACCCUGAGCCGGAUUUUUUCACAGCUCCAUUUGACAAGAGCAAGUCCGAUUUCUACCUGAUCGACGACAAAGAUACAUUCUUCCCCCCUUCCACUCGCAACAGGAUAGUAAGGAUGUUUUGAAAGCAACUUAAUUUUCAUCAUUCCUUUUAUAUCCUGCAGUGUUAAAACCCUCACGUCCUUCUUUUUCUCUCUGCACAGGUCUUCUACAUCCUGUCUCGCUGUUCCUACAUCAGUGAUGUAUGUAUAGAUAAAGACAAGAAGGGAAUCAAGAGGUUACUAAACAACGGCACCUACUCUGCUGCCUUCCCCCUACAUGAUGUGAGUCUCCAAUGGUGGUCGACUUUUUACUUUCAAAACGACGACUCCUCUGUGAGGCACUGUUAGAUACUGCAUUACACUGAUGAUUUACUUUGCAUGUGCAGUGAAGUGUUUCCUCUGUGCCCAUGCAGUGUAGGUACUGGAAAAAAUCAAGAGAUGCUAACUGUGAAAGUGAGAGGUACAGUCUCUACAGAUACUGGGCUGGAUUUCGAUCGUUCUUUAAGGAGCAGCCCCUCAAUCUUAUCAGGCAAGACUUGAAAGCAAAGUAG